AUGUUGUGCCCCAGGUUAGCAGCGCCCAAUACUCCCGAUACGGAAAAAUCAGAUACCAAACCCCACCCACGUUCCGAGGCAUUUGUGAUCGAUUUCGGACCAAGCGGUGGCAGCGUGGGGGAAUCACGCGGCCCGGUCCCGGGUAGCCUGAGCCAAUGUGUCCCGGAUCGAUUACGGCGCGGGUUCGAUGAACGGGAGCGUCUGAAACGGGAACGGGAAAAAGAGAACGAAUUGCGACGUCAAACUAUGCCCUCUGUUACCAGUCCAAUGCGACAGAAUUCUCAACGUUCAACUAGAUCGGUCACUCUACGUGCAGCGAAUGCUAAACUGACCGCGGCCGCUGCCACGUCCGGGCGGCAAUCCACUAGUUUGAGUGGCUUGAACCGCGGUGGUCGAGUAUCUUCCACCCGUCCCAAUACUGCAACGCCGGGAUCUUCCAGUCGGGGUCUUGUUGGCCAGACCGGUCGACCAACACCACUGAAUCAUACCGUCCAAUCUGGUCGGGCAAACAGUUCGGGUAAUCGUACUCCACGACGAGCCACAGGCUCGGUGCCUACCUCGCCGUUGGUGCGCAUAUCCAAGACUCCAGGUGUGCAAUUUGCCAAUGUGCAUGAACAUUGUUCCACUAGCGUGACCCCUGGACAACCGAAUCUGUCAGCAACGCGCAAAGUUGUCGAUGGUGCGAUCAGUCGAGUGAGUGCACUUCAGGCAGUCACUACUCGGACUGGUCUAACCGCCGGCCGCCGUCCAACCGUUGGAUCGAACGCACCCGGGACCCCACGCAAGCUAUCGCAAGGCACCGAUCGGUCGAUUGCAUCCCGUCGUACUGCACCUCCCGGUACCAUCAAACCCACGGGGACAACAGUGACCAAAAGUGGACUGAAUGUGGCCCCGCGGAGUGUAACAACAGUAAAUAAACCGGCCACCACAGUGAAUAAGACACGCGGUGGAUUACAAGCACGUGAACCGCCCACUCGCAGCUUCAUGUCAGCCACGGCCAGCUCUGGUGCAAAACGUGUUCAACCUCACGUUUCCAGUCGUCCGCCAACCGGUAAUGCAGUUCAUUCACAGCCACGCUCCCCGGCCGUGACCUGCGGUCCGACUCUGGGGAAUAGUAUCAAACGUCCGGUUACAAGCACCCAGCUGCGUCGACCAGCUAGUUCCACACGGGUGACAGCUCGUCGAUCCUAUACCGAUUUGGCUGACAAACGCGGCCCGAUUCCAUCUCGUGGCGGCCUGACACGCAUGAUGUCAGAGGUCACGGCCAAUGUGAUGGCCACAAUUGAGGCGUACGAUGAUCCCAAGGCCUAUCUGUUCUAUCGUAUGUUUCAAGGUGCUGAUGAGGCAGAACCCAGUACAGACAGUGUGUUCAAAACGUUCACCUCAGAGUCGCCCUCUCGAUCUGCGGGUGCGAAGCGUGGUGCAACGAUCGGUGCUAUCCCUCAAGGCGAACUAGAUGCUGCAAUGAUUCAGACGGACUGGUUACAAGAAUAUAGGGAAAAAGAAAACCUCGUAGAACAGGCUAAGCCAACUUCACCAAACGUCCGAUCUCCAUCCACGGCACAAUUGGGCUUGGAUGGUGCAUCGCUACCGUUUUCUAACGCUAUGCCUUCGAAUUUACCCGAAGCCGGGGAAACGGAACUGGACGCGGAGGAUCUACUGGACGUCACUCAGCCCACAGUUUCAGCAUCUUCGCCGAAAAUUCAGCAUCGCCAACUACCCAGUGCGACCGAGAACCAGGUCAAUGUUUCGAUGCUGGUCGGUACCUCAGUAACCAGUCUGGCUGGGACUUACAUCCUUGAGAAGGGUACUACACUAAAUGAACGUGAAGCAGUCGAUAACACCGGUGGGGUUGAAAUGCGCACCGCAGCGGUAUCAUCGAACCGUCUUCGGGAACCAGGAUCGGCAGAUCAGUUGCACUCGCGAGGCAAUCUGACUCGUCUCCAGGAAAUGGAAGAAGAACAGAACAUCGUGGAUCCCAGUUCCCCGCGGAAAUCGCCCGUACAUGCGUUCUUGUUUGGCAAUGGUCGAAAAUCGACUAUGGAUCUGCUGUUUGCGGAUAGUUCGAGUUAUGUGAUCAACGUUACUCGUGUACCGUGUGAUCCUACCGGUCCUCGGUUAAAGCGUCGUACCCCGAAUGACCCGCCUGAUCUCACAGCGUCCACCGAUUUGCCCACAACAAGUUCGGAUGUGCGUAUCGCUCGGACUGGAAAUGUUACAAGCAGUACGACGCAGUCUUCCGAGGCAUUAUUAGAAGCAUGCAAAGAUGAUAUGGAAUUAGAUAAGACAGAAGCUCCCGUUUUGUCCGCAGAUGGUCUGAACACAUCGGUCCUGGUUAGUGCCUCGGUGACGAGUCUGGCACCAAGUUUGGCAGGCACAUAUGUGAUGGAUGUGGACGACACGUUGGCCGCCAAAGGCUUGGUUCCCGCUGUUGUCGUUCAAAGUCGUGAAGACUUGUUGUUAUCUCCUACGCGGGAAAUCCGAUUGCUGGGAAAUCGGAUGAUUAGCCGUGGAUCCCGUCUUGCUGAGGUGUCCAAAGAAUCCUCGUUAACUCCACGUGCUAGUCCAGCUCCUAAUCGUGACGGUCUGUGGGAUGUACUGGAGACGGAAGAAUGUACAGAGGAAGUGGAAAACGGAAAUCUAUCCCCAAAUGAUGGCACAUUAUCACGGCCCAGGAGAGCGGAAGUAGACGGACUGGUAGCAGAGACGGUGGAAGAGAUGGAAUGCUAUCGGUCUUUGCCAAAUCCAUCCGACGAUCGAGAUCGAAUCUAUGCGUAUCAGGUAGGCCUGUGUUGGAUUGCAUGA